CAUCGCGUCGGUCGGCACAGGGAUUUCGGAUGAGCUUCACGACUAUGGAGCAGCUCAAGACGAUUGGGCGGGAGCUGGCAAUGGGCUCCCAGGGGGUGUGGGGAUCGUCCAAGGAAUUCCUGGAGCUCGUCAAGACGAUUGGCGAGGCGAAAUCCAAGGCCGAGGAGGAGAGGAUCGUGCUGGCGGAGAUUGAGAGCCUCAAGCGCCGGAUCCAGGAGCCGGAUGUGCCCCGGAAGAAGAUGAAAGAGUAUAUCAUGCGCCUCGUCUAUGUGGAGAUGCUCGGCCACGACGCUUCCUUUGGCUACAUCCAUGCCGUGAAGAUGACCCACGAUGACAAUCUCUUGCUCAAGAGAUCCGGCUACUUGGCGGUCACGCUCUUUCUCAACGAGGACCACGAUCUUAUCAUCCUCAUCAUCAAUACCAUCCAGAAGGAUCUCAAGUCGGACAACUAUCUCGUGUGCUGUGCCGCGCUCACUGCCGUGUGUCGGUUGAUCAACGAGGAGACAAUCCCCGCGGUUCUUCCCCAGAUCGUCGAGCUUCUCAACCAUCAAAAGGAGCUCGUGAGGAAGAAGGCUGUCAUGGCUUUGCACAGAUUUUUCCAGAGGUCUCCUUCGACUGUGUCGCACCUCUUUCCAGCUUUCCAAGAGAGACUUUGUGAUAGAGAUCCCAGCGUGAUGAGUGCUGUUUUGUGCGCGCUCUAUGACAUGAUCCUCGUAAACGUGAAGCCUUUCAAGCAUUUAGUAGCGAGUCUGGUCAGCAUUUUGAAGCAAGCCGUGGAACACAGGCUGCCAAAGUCGUAUGACUAUCACCGGACUCCAGCACCUUUCGUGCAGAUUAAGUUGCUGAAAAUUCUCGCUUUGCUCGGGACAGGUGACAAGGCUGCCAGCGAAAACAUGUUUAAUGUGCUGGGAGAUAUUCUCAAGCGCUCGGAUUCGACCAGCAACAUUGGCAACGCGAUCUUGUACGAGUGCGUCAGGACUCUGACAUCAAUCUACACCAAUCCUCGGCUACUGCAAAAUGCAGCGGAGAUAACCGCAAAGUUCUUGAAGAGUGAUAACCAUAACUUGAAGUACAUGGGAAUUGAUGCCCUGGGUCGGCUUAUCAAAAUUACGCCAGAGUGUGCCGAAAAUCAUCAACUGGCUGUCAUUGACUGCUUAGAGGAUCCAGACGAUACGUUAAAACGGAAAACGCUGGAUCUAUUAUACAAGAUGACAAAAGCCAACAAUGUCGAAGUUAUUGUGGAACGCAUGGUGGAGUACAUCAGAAACAUCAGCGAUAACCACUACAAAACGGAGAUUUCUUCACGAGUUAUAGAGCUGGCUGAGCGAUAUGCACCAAGUAACCAAUGGUUUAUACAGACGAUGAACCAGGUAUUCGAAAUUGCGGGAGACCUCGUGCCUCAGAAGGUUGCGCAUGACUUAAUGCGUCUCAUAGCCGAAGGAGCUGGGGAGGAGGAUGAAGAUGCUGACAGUCACCUUAGAUCGUCUGCAGUUCAAGCUUAUCUACAAAUACUGAAGGAACCAAAGCUUCCCUCGAUACUUCUUCAGGUUAUCAGCUGGGUGCUAGGUGAAUAUGGCAUUGCGGACGGCAGCCACUCAGCUGAAUUCAUUAUAGGAAAACUAUGUGAUAUUGUCGCUACACGCCCUGGUGAUGACAAGUUAAAGGGUUACGUUGUUUCGGCAAUUACAAAAAUCUGUGCAUUCGAGAAAGCAGCUGGGCAGACAGUAGAUCUCAUUCCAGAGUGCGUCUCGUUCAUCGAGGAACUGUACGCUUCUCAUUCUACCGAUCUACAGCAACGCAUCUAUGAAUUCCACGCCGUGCUAAAGCUAGACAGAGAUACCAUUGCAAGUAUCUUGCCUAUGGAUGCCAGCUGCGAAGACAUUGAGGUGGACAAGGAUCUCUCCUUCCUCAACUCUUUCGUCGAAUCCGCCUUAGCAAAUGGCUCUAGACCAUAUCUAUCCGACAAUGAGCGCCGUGGAAUGGGUGCAAUGACAACCUUGGCAUCCAACAAUGACGCUGGUACGUCGUCUUUACUUCGUUUCCAGCCUUACGAGAAGCCAAGCAUCCCGGAGCCUGCCGCAGCUCUCGUCACUGCGUCUCAUUAUAGCCAAGACGCGAUCGACCAGCACGACAUCUAUUCUAGUACAAUCACGGUUUCCACGAGCUCUAGAGCUCCAGAAUCUAGCAGCAACGACGGCACGAGACUCAAACUCGAGGGAGUCCAGAAAAAAUGGGGUCGUCCAACGUACACUCCUGAGGCGCAGGUGCCAAAGAAUCCCAUCAACAUAUCCGACAGUGUCAAGGUAAGCAGCAGCGCAGCAGGGAAAGAAGCAUCGAGUAGAAACAGCAGCGCUCCUCCCUACACGGAAAGAAAGCAGCCUUCGCAGGAGAUCUCUGCCGAGAAGAAGAAGCUCGCAGCAUCACUCUUUGGAAGCAAAGCAGGAGAGACUAAAGCCAAGCCGGCAGCAAAGCUACAACAAAAUGGAACGUCGAAAAAAGCUCCAGCAAAGCCAACUUCGCCGCCAGCUCCAGCUCCAGCUCCACCGCCUGCUGAUCUACUCGACUUAAGUGACAGUCUACCUCAGAUUCCCUCGGUGGAUCCGGUUGAUCAGCUGGCGGAUCUAAUCUCGGUUGAUAGCUCGGCUGCUACGUCGACCACUUCGCUCGUCGAGCAAGUUUUGGACGCUGGAAAAGUUGCGACGAAGGGGCCAUCGCCGCAAGCAUCGUUGCAAAAGGACAGUGUUUCACGCCAAGUGGGGGUGACGCCGAGCGGAGGAACAAACCCGGACCUUUUCAAGGAUUUGUUUGGAUGAGGAAAGCUCGCUCGCGUUCUCGCGUUUGGCGCGGUGGUGUGAGAUUUUCUCACAUCCUUCUGGAUCUGUAUGGUCAGUAAGAUUCUAAUGGAACACGAGAAGAGCAACAGCGGAAAUGCGUUUAUACUUC